AUGAGACAUGCUCAAAAAGAGAAAAGAAUGCAAAAAAACAAACCCAGCUCAAACUCAACCUCAGAAUUUAGCAAAGAUAAUCCUUAUAUCUCUAACUCUGCAGAAAAUACUGAAAAGUCUAUGACUCAGCAAUACCAGAAACAAAUGAUUAUUGAAUCCUUCUCCUCUACUUCUCCAAAAGCAGUGAAUAAGAACUCAAAUACUGAGCAAAACUCAGACUCUAUAGAAAUCAAUGCAGAUAGUGACUCAAAAGAAGAACCUUUUACUAUU